AUGUCGAACGAAGAUUUUAAUAAACGUUUAUUUAAAUAUUUUGACGAUCAUCAAAAAGAUUAUAUUCAACGAUUAGGUGAUGCUGUUCGUAUUCCAUCUGUAUCAGCAUGGCCCGAUCAUCGAUCUGAAGUUGUUCGUAUGGUUGAAUGGACAAAGUCUUUAAUGGAAAAAUUAGGUGUUAAAGUUGAAUUAGCUGAUAUUGGUCAACAAAAACUUGCUGAUGGAACAAAAAUCAAAUUACCAGAUGUUAUUUUAGGUACUUAUGGAAAUGAUAAAACAAAAAAAAACGUAUUAGUCUAUGGUCAUUUGGAUGUACAACCAGCUCAAGUUUCCGAUGGUUGGGAUACAGAACCAUUUGUAUUAACUGAAAAACAUGGAAAAUUAUUUGGUCGUGGUUCAACUGAUGAUAAAGGUCCAGUUAUUAGUUGGUUGAAUGUUAUUGAAGCUUAUCAAACAUUAAAUGAACCAUUUCCUGUUAAUGUUAAAUUUGUUCUUGAAAGUAUGGAAGAGUAUGGUAGUGACGGUCUCGAAGAUUUACUUAAAUCUUUAAAAAAUACAUUUCUUUCUGAUGUUGAUUAUGUUGUUAUUUCUGAUAGUUAUUGGUUAGGUAAAGAAAAACCUUGUUUACAAUAUGGUCUUCGAGGAAUUUGUUAUUUCUUUAUUGAUGUUGAAUCUUCAACAAAAGAUUUACAUUCAGGUGUUUUUGGUGGUACAGUUCAUGAAGCAAUGACUGAUUUAAUUACUAUAAUGAGUACAUUAGUUGAUGAUCAAGGUCGAAUUUUAAUUAAUGGUAUGUAUGAUGAUGUUGCACCACUUUCACCAGCAGAAGAACAACUAUAUAGUAAAAUUACAUUUGAUGUGAGUACUUAUUGUUCUGAAGCAGGUGUUAAAAAAACAAUUCAAACUGAAAAAGAAAAAAUUUUAAUGCAUCGAUGGAGAUAUCCAUCAUUAUCUUUACAUGGAAUUCAAGGUGCAUUCGAUGGUUGUGGUUGUAAAACUGUCAUUCCACGUCAUGUUAUUGGAAAAUUUUCGAUUCGUAUUGUUCCUAAUAUGAAAAUUUCUACUGUAGAAAAAUUAGUUGAAAAUCAUGUUAAACAAAUAAUGAAAACACGAAAUUCACCAAAUAAAGUUUCUAUUAAAUUAGAACAUGGUGGUAAUUAUUGGGUUGCUGAUCCAAAUAAUCCUCAAUAUGUUGCAGCACGUAAAGCAACAGUUGCUGUUCAUGGUAUUGAACCUGAUUUAACACGUGAAGGUGGUUCAAUUCCUAUAACAUUAACAUUUCAAGAACAAACAGGUAAAAGCGUUUUAUUAUUACCAGUUGGUGCUAGUGAUGAUGGUGCGCAUUCACAAAAUGAAAAAUUCGAUAUAAGCAAUUAUAUGAAUGGCAUGAAAGUGAUGAGUGUCUACUUUCAAGAAGUGGCUAAAUUAUAA